AUGGAAGGUAAUAAAAAUACACCUGAAGUUGUUAGUCUGAAAGAUAAUAACUCAAAGACGGACUAUGAUCAAGCAGAUUUUCCGGUUCCGGUUCCAAUCUUUACCGGAGCACCACCAUCUCUACCAUCCGGCAACUAUUCGGCAGUCCUCAAUCGACAAUCACAACUACCUCAACAACUCGCUUCACAAGAAAAACAAACAACAAAAAGAAAUGAAUACCUUGAACAAAUAUUAUUAUCAACCAUGUCAAAUCUAGAAUCACGCAUAUCGACUUCUAUUUCUUCAUUAUCAUCGCAAAUAAGCGAGAUAGAAACUAAAAUCGAUAGAUACAAUGACCAAUUAAAUACAUUAGAACAUGAUGUAUAUGAAAUAUUAAUACCAGCAAUACAAUCAAUAACUGAAAUCAUUACAACAUCUCGUCAAGGAAAAAAAGAACAAUUAACAAACAUUACUAAAUCAAUAAUAAAAAUGCGACAAAAUCGAGAACAAAAGAUAAAUCACAUAUCACGCAAUACUAAUGCAGAAUUAUCACAAUCAAUAUUUUCGAAUGUUGAUGAAUCUUAA